CAGAGCAAGACUGUCAGAAAUGCUGUGGUUCCAUUGGACCUGUGAUGACAAGAAGAAGAUAGACUCCGUUUCACGUGAUGUGAAGGUAGAAGGCCAUCUAAAUGCCUUGUUUUCUUGCUUGUGAUGCUCUGCAUGCAUGGAGUUGCAUGGUUUCUGGCUAUCGCAGCCAAGAAUGUGAAAUGGUGAAGGGAAACUACGACGGUCCUUCGGUGGCCGUGGAAGGGAGAGAGGGGACAAUGGUGAGAAAGCCAAGCAACACCAUCAGGCCUCCGCAGUCUCCGAUGUCAUAUCGGUUUCUGCUGUGAUAAGACGGCAAAGUGAACCGAACUUUGGGCCAACCCUUUACCUCCUUCCUCUUCUUCAUCUGCUGUCAUCUGUGGGUUUCUGUGCCCGUCCACACGACGUCAGCCCUAAUAAAUUAGCGCUGUGGUUCUUUGACCAUUCCUGGGAGCGUCCCACAUCCCCAUGCAUCACAUGCUCCUCUACAGUGCAGAGCCAAACCCUUCCUUGCCACCCUUUGGACCGUCCACACGAGAAACCUAGGAAGAAGCUCACACAGUGUUUUGGAACCAUGAAGUAAGAUGUACAUAGGUGCCCUCCCUGAUGAGGGUCAAUCUGUUCGAUGCAUGAAUUGUUGGGAAGAGCAUGCAAUUACAUCAGAUUAAUCGCAUGAAUCUAAAAGACAUGGAUGAUGUCUUUUUAGCCAUCUUAGUCUGUUCUAAUUAGAUCCAGAGAAUUCUCCAUCUAUAAAUAACUCAGCACACGCUUGUUGUGUUGUGGAAGCAUUGUGUGGUUGGCGAUCUGUGCACAUAGCACUGUUGAUCUCUCUCUCUCUCUCUCUCUCUCUCUCUCUCCUCCUCCGCCUCCUCCUCUUGCACUCCGAUUGACUUCGGUCUCCCACCAUCACCUACCUCACCAUCGCCAUGGAUGAGCAGAGGAACAGCCCAAACCGCAGCUCCACCGCCGCGGAGGCCGUCCGCUCCCGUUGGACCCCGAAACCGGAGCAGAUCCUGAUACUGGAGUCCAUCUUCAACAGCGGCAUGGUUAACCCUCCCAAGGAGGAGACGGUGAGGAUCCGCAAGCUGCUCGAGAGGUUCGGCUCCGUCGGCGAUGCCAACGUCUUCUACUGGUUCCAGAACCGAAGAUCGAGGUCCCGCCGCCGCCAGCGGCAGCUGCAAGCUUCGGGUGGUGCAGUUCUGUACGAACCAGCCUCCUCCAGCUCGUCGAGCACAUCGUCCAAUAACUCUUCCGGAGGAGGCAGCUUCUUUCCCUGCUCUUCUUCUGCCUCGUCUUCCUUCUCUAGCUUGGUGGUGCAUGACGGAGGUGGUGAUGAUCUCUUCUCGAUCUCACGCCAGAUGGGCUUCAUGGGCAGUGGCCAGAAUCCUUAUGUGUGCCCUUCCCUAGACCAUCAACCUGGGACUAUUACUGUUUUCAUCAAUGGCAUCCCUUCAGAGGUUCCAAGGGGUCCUAUAGAUUUGAGGGCUACAUUUGGCCAAAAUGUGACGCUCGUCCAUUCCUCUGGGGAGCUUCUUCCGAUCAAUGAAUAUGGAAUUCUACUGCAGAGCUUGCAGAUGGGUGAAAGUUAUUUCUUGGUAUCUCAAUCUACUUAGUGUAAGACAGAUGGCAUCAGCAGAAUGAAAUGACUUCAAUGAUUUCAUUGACCAGAACUUAGGAUGGUUCAUUGAUUUGGAUCUCAGAAGAAGAGAGCUCACCUCUUCUUGACACUUCAAUGAGCUGCCACAACAUCAUGUGUCUUAUUCCACUGUGGCUAAAGCUGCUGUAGCUUUUCUACUGUUAUGGUGUUGAAGAGUCUUUUCUUCAAAUAGAUUGAAGAAAGAGGGUGUUGAAGAGUCUCAACUUGUGUGCACUUGCUGGUGUUUGUAUUUGGGAGAACAGGAAACAAACAUAUUGUAUUUGUAUGUUUGUUUAUCCAAUUGCAUUUGUGGAGUACAGCAGAAACAGUACUUCUUGGAACUAUGGAUUCCUUAA